AUGAGCAAGCCUGCCGUGCCGCGAUACUACGGACGAAAGAAAGAUGACAAAUCCUCCAGCGAACUCUCCUUGGAUUCCGACUCCAGUGACUCCGCCGAGGACCCUAAAAACAAAGCGACGGUUGGCAAUAAUUCCAAUUCAAACCAGAAUCAGUUACGAUUGUCUGGAUCCAGCUCCAAAAGUCGCCCCUCGAGAGAGACGAUGUCGUUAAAGGAGAAGCUAAAGCGAAAAAUGCAGGCGCAGUUAGCAAGGCAACUGCGUGCAGACAAACGGGCUGAAGCAGAGCGGUUAGAACGCGAGAGCAGACGACAGGCGCGUCGCGACGAGGAAAUGAGGGAACUCGCGAUCAAACUGCGACGCAAGCAACGUGAAAUGCGGCACCAGCAAAACCGAAGGUCCAGUGAUGAUGAAUCUGACGGAAGUCAUAGUGGCUCUUCGUCGAGAGCAUCGCCUGCACCAGAUAAGAAACGAAGCAGCCGAAGCAGAUCAAAAAGCCCCACUCAAGACGAUCAAAAGAAACGCAUUCCAGUAUGGGAAACUCGAAUAUCGCCCAACCGUAGAGAAAUUGGCGAAACUUCACAUUAUCAAGAAAGGCGGAGAUAUCAAGAUACUGAAUACGAUAACAUGAAACCAGAAGACGAUAGACCACAUUACUCCACUCGUUUCGAAAAACACAGAAACCACGAAGGCAAUAGGAAUUUCGAAGGAAACAGAAAUUACGGUUAUCGUGACUAUACUCAAGGAUAUGAGAAUAGACCAGAUAUUAGAUGGGAAGAGAAACGCUAUCCACCAGGGCAAAGGAGACCGUAUGGCCAUAGAGGAGGGCAUAGAGGCUAUGGCCACAGAGCAGGGAAUUACUCUGAAGGACCUUCGUGGCAAAGUCCGCAAGAUUCUCAAGACGAUAAAGACAGGUCAGAUAGUGCUCCUAAGAAUAGAGUGAAACUCGUCGAUUAUUAGAGAGGGUAACACACGAUCAAACACAAAAAUAGCUGAAGAUUAUUGUGAUAAAUUAUAUCAAAAAUAAAAAUGAACAGAUAUCAUUAUUAUCAACUCAUUGUACGUACCAUUUCUGAGCACACGACUCCUCGACAAAGAGGAUUUAGACCAUAUGAACAGAUGUAAUCCUGAAUAAAUAUGAUUUAUUAAUAUCGCUAGUUCUCUUUUUACACAUUUUGAUAAAUUUUAAUGAACAUAAGAAAAAGAAGAUGACUGGAGUGUUUGAAAUGACCUUAUGUGAUGAUUAAAACGAAAAAAUGUUUACAGAAACGAGUCCUGUAGAUUUAGUUGAUCGUGUGUACACCUUAUUAAAGCAAUUUGUAAUGCCAAAUUAGACAGAAGAAUAACGGAAUAACUUUUAAUGGAUACACUUGGCCAGAAAUCUUCGAAAGUUAAUCCACUACUGCGGGCUUAGCAUAAGUGCAAGCAAAUAGGUAAAACUUGCAAUCUUUUGCACAUUUUUGCAAUAAAAAAAAAUUGUAAUCUUUUAUUAUGUCUAGAAUUAUAAUAAUAAUAAUGUGCCACGUAACCACAACACAAAAUAAUUUUAUCUCACCACGGAAUCUACUGUGCUAUGAGUGUCAAAGCAACAAAAUUGUGUGUGUAUAUAGAAAAGCUCGUUUCCAAAUUGUUCCUAUCGGGAUUGGAACCCAGGACCUUUUCAUCUAGUGCCCAUAAUGCUAACAGCUGGGUCGCUAAGAUCAUCGAACUCGUUACUAUAACAUUGUGCAUUGGUAAGACUCGCGUGACGUCGGCGAAUUGACAGCUUUCGAAACACAACCUUUUGUGUUUGUGCUCAUGCUAAGCCGGCGUAUAAAUAUCUUCCUUUGACAUAAUUUAAAUUUAAGUUGUAUAUCAAAUAUGAAUAAAUUCUGUUGCGAGUUUACAACAUAAUAUUAUUUUUGUUUGGCAACUUCUAAAAAAAAAAUCUUUUGCCAAAUUUGUUGUAGUUUUUCCGUUUUUUACCCAUACUUUCUAUUUUAGUUUCAUGCAGUAGGUUUUGUACCCUAAUUUUCUAUUUUAUUUUAAUUAUUCAUCUAGUUAAAUCCCACGUUUUUAUAUUAAUUCCAGCCCGUAGAGGCGUCCUAGUGUUAAACUUAUAAAUAUAUUUUUUAAAUCCACUAAGAAGUCCGACGAGUUCUGGAAAUGUGAAGGAUUUGACAUUUCCGUAACUUCAGAUGGGUAUC